AUAUUUCUAGUUUUACCAGUGGCAGCUUCAGACGAUCUUACUCAGCGCAUUAUCGGGGGUCAUAUGACCGAUAUCGAAGACGCCCCCUGGAUGGCUGCGCUGUGGACGGCGAACAAAGAUGGUAACACGUCGUUUUGCGGAGGAUCCAUCGUCCACGAACAGUUUAUCCUGACUGCUGCCCAUUGCUUCCGGUUAGUUUUUUUUUUUCAUUGCUAUAGGGCUAAGAUGGUCGUCUCUAAACUUUAUCAUUUAAAUGCGGAAGAACCUUUCAACUCAUGGGGCUACAUCGGUCUAUCCAACUUGUUCGACGAAGAAGGGGUCUUCAUAAAGCCCGAGCAAAAACUAUGUCAUGACGACUUCCAGUUCCCCAGCCAUGCCAACGACAUAUGUUUGCUAAAACUGAAGGAACCGAUAAAGGAGUUUGAUAAUAAUGACAAGAUAGCACUCAUCACGUUUAAUGACUCUGUCUCGGUAGAACCGGGCACUAAGGUCAACGUUACUGGGUGGGGAAAGACUGAAAAUAGUAAAGGCGCUGUGGAAGACCUGCGUCAAGUGUUGGUACCAAUUAUUUCGGAUAAGAAUUGCCGUAAAUAUUAUCCGUCUACCACUGCAAAGCAAAUAUGUGCCGGAAAUAAAGGCCACGAUUCCUGCGUGGGUGACAGCGGAGGACCUCUAACUUGGUACAACAUCCAGGUCGGGAUAGUGUCCUACGGCCGAGGGUGCGGCCAGCCUAACGGUGCGGUGUACGUCAGGGUCAACAGCUACCUGGACUGGAUCAGCACUACCAUUAACGACAACUUGUAAACUAUUAUAGU